AGCUUCUCGAGACGGUUGUUGACGGCAUGCAGAGCAUUAUUAAGCAAUUGUAGCGCCAUGAUGUAGCGCCAUGAUGCAGUUCCCCAGUGUCUUCUCCGCUCGCUCUGCUGCUUGGUGACAGUCGCGUGGUGAGCGUUGCCGUCGAUUGUCCAGGGCCAUGAGCUUCCAACGCAGGCUGUUCGCCGUCGCGCGGCGGCAGAGAUGCAGUGACCACAGCCACGCCGCAUCAGCGCCACGACUGUCAACACUGCAGGCGCUCCGGAGUUUACAUCAGCAGGCGCCCCGGAGUUUACAUCAGCAGUCACCCCGGAGUUUACAUCAGCAGGCGACCCGGAGUUUACACCAGCAGUCGCCCCAUCGCGCCCAGCAGAAUGCCGCAGCCCGGGCUUCGGCGCCGGUGCAGAGCGAGUCGCUGAACCCGGCGCUGCAAUUCCCCUGCCUCGACGCGCUCGAAUCCAAGUCGGCGACGCUCUCGAAGCGCUCGACCGAAGGCCCCGAGCCGUCGUACACGUCCGGCCACACGGACGUCUUCCACUCGGAGCAGCCGAUGCUGCUAGACUGGGGCGGCAUCCUCCCGCAGUUCGACGUCGCGUAUGAGACGUGGGGAAGUCUGAACCAGGACAGGAGCAAUGCCAUCCUGCUGCACACGGGUCUCUCUGCCUCGAGCCAUGCGCACAGCACCGCGUCGAACCCCAAGCCCGGCUGGUGGGAGCGCUUCAUCGGGCCCGACAAGCCGCUGGACACGAACAAGUACUUUGUCAUCUGCACCAACGUCAUCGGAGGCUGCUACGGCUCGACGGGGCCCUCGUCGAUAGACCCGGCCAGCGGCGAGCGCUAUGCGACGCGCUUCCCGAUCCUGACCAUGGAGGACAUGGUGCGCGCGCAGUUUCGUCUGCUGGACGAGCUGGGCGUCGCGAAGCUGUAUGCGAGCGUCGGCUCGAGCAUGGGCGGCAUGCAGAGUCUGGCGGCGGGCAACUUGUUCCCCGAGCGCGUUGGCCGCAUUGUCAGCAUCAGCGGGUGCGCGCGCAGCCACCCCUACAGCAUCGCCAUGCGCCACACGCAGAGACAGGCCCUCAUGAUGGACCCCAACUGGGCCCGCGGCUUCUACUACGACAGCGUCCCGCCCCACGGUGGCAUGAAGCUCGCCCGCGAGAUCGCCACCGUCACCUACCGCAGCGGUCCCGAGUGGGAGAUGCGCUUCGGCCGCCGUCGCGCAGACCCCUCGCGGCCGCCAGCCCUGUGCCCCGACUUCCUCGUCGAGACGUACCUCGACCACGCCGGCGAGAAGUGGUGCCUCGAGUACGACCCCAACAGCCUCCUCUACGUCUCCAAGGCCAUGGACAUGUUCGACCUCGGCCAAGAGCACCGCAACCGCGUCAACGAGCGCCGCGCGGCCAACGCAGGCAGGCUGCAGGGCUAUCUCGACGGCAAGGGCAUCGAGUCGAAUGAAUCCGUCGACGCGUGCAGCCUGACGCUCCCCGACCAGCCCUACGAAGAGAAGGAGCAGCCCGCCGACUUCGACGACGCCAACAUGCCAGCAACAGACGGCAGCGAGCCGCCGCCCGACCUGGUCGCGGGCCUGCGACCGUUGGCCAACACGCCCGCGCUCGUCCUGGGCGUCGCGAGCGACAUCCUGUUCCCCGCCUGGCAGCAGCGCGAGAUUGCGACCACGCUGGAGCGCACGGGGAAUAAGAACGUGACGCACAUUGAGCUGGGCGAGGAGAAGAGCAUGUUCGGCCACGACACGUUUCUGCUUGAUUUGGAGAACGUCGGUGGUGCGGUCAAGUCGUUCCUUGGCUGAGCGACGAACCGCUGUCUUGGGAUUGUCUUGGAACCGUCUUGGGAUUGUCUUGGCACCGUCUUAGGAUUGUCUUGGCACCGUCUUGGAAUCGUCUUGUAAAUGGUUGUCUUGUAAAUGGUUGUCUUGUAAUCUCUUGUAAACCCUUCUCAUCUCGUGUCGGCCCUUUUACAUCACCACACACUGAUCGGGUACGAAUAGCAUUGGAGCGUGUCUGCAUUGCACGGCGUUGUGGAGAUGCAUGGAUCGCAACAUUAGCUUUUUCCCCUCAACUGCGUCCAAAUCUCUCUCGUGCGUGGUGCAGCUCGAAACGGCACGGUGAUGGCGUGCGACAGAACCGCAAAGUGCAGCGGCGAGACCGGUCGCGCCCCAGAAUCGCCAUGUUUGUUCAAUGUGGGGCCCCAAGCGCCUCAGCCGUGCUGCGUCCCGCUCCUCUUUACAUCCCGGACACUAGAACCGCACUUGUGAACUAG